GUAUUGCCACUUCCAACUCGAACUCCAGUCAAAAUGUGCAUUCAGUUGACUUUGCUCAUCGCAAGCGUAGCCCUAAUCUCCGCCGAAUGGAUGCCGGAGAGGAUUGCUAGACCGCAGCCGGUGAACAUAUCCAAGGUGCCCUGGCAGGCUUCCAUUUUGGGCAACAAAAGGUGCGGUGGUGCCAUUCUCAAUGAUCGGACUGUCUUAUCGGCUGCCCACUGUGUGGUUACCGGUGAUCCCAAAAACUAUUCCGUGUCAGUGGGAGCCUCGACGACGCUCAAAGGUGGCCAGUUGGUGAAGGUGCAGAGCAUCAUUCGGCACGAGGGAUACAAUAAGGUCAGCAACUCCAACGAUAUAGUGAUUCUCCGUUUAAGCACCCGCCUCCACUUGGGUGCCAAUGUCCAGCCCAUUCCACUGGCGGAGAGUGUGCCCAGCGGUGGAUCCGCCGCCUUGGUUUCCGGCUGGGCAAGGACCAAAAAGGACCGCAGGAGGCCAAUGUCGCAGACCCUGCUCAGUACCUCGGUGGACAUAGUGGAUCAGCAGGCCUGCACGAAGUUCUAUCCCAACAAGAGCAGUGUGCUCUGUGCCACAAGUCAUGGAGCAAGUGCCUGCCGGGACGACUCCGGAUGUCCAUUGGUCUCCGAUGGCAAGCUUGUGGGCAUCGUGUCCUUUGGUGUUGCUAGGCCUCAUCCCACAUAUCCGGGAGGCUAUGCCAAUGUGGCUGAGCUCAGGCCUUGGAUUUUGCAGACCAUCGCGAGAUUAGUGUAAAAGAUUUUAAAGACGAUAAAUAUUCGAAUCAUUUAACCAAUAA